CGUUUACUUCCUGAUGUGACUGUUCAAUGAGCGGGUUUGUUAGUAGAAGAAGGAAUCCAACUGUUAGAUGUAUUCCUCCAUAGUAGCUGGGUGAUAUGAGUCUUGACUCCAGGUGAUCAAAACAGAGGGGACUAAGUGACUCCGCAGCACUGGAGGAAGCCAUGGGUGACCCGUCAGACAAUCCCUGUUCAUCCAAGCCAGACAGUCCUGGAGGUCUGAACCAAGGCUUUCUCCUCGAUCCCACAGAUGACCACUUCCCGGAUCUCUGUGUCAUUGUCCCAGAGACACCCAGCCCUCUUGUCGGCAAGCGCAGAAGGCUCCGUCGCAUCGCAGAAGAAUGUUUUAGCCCAGCAGCAGCUAGUGGUUCGCCUGGGUGUUCACCACAUUCCAGCAGCAUUCAGCAAGGUUUAUCACAGAAGUCCAAACGUAGAAGACUGACUGAGUCGACAGGAGAACCGAGCCAUGGCUGUUUUCCGCCAUCAUCCGUAGAAGUCUUUCCUCUGGGCCACUGGCUGGAGCCCCCACUGUCAUCCGCCUCCUGUUCAUCCUCAGCUCCCUCCUCUUCCUCGUCAUCCUCUUCGUCGUUGUCCUCGUCCUCCUACCUCACACCAGUGUCAGAGGAAGACGAGGUUGCUUUGAGUGUUCCAGGUUCCUCAGCAGAAGCCAGUUCUGCUGACUUUCUCUGUACGACUGCUUCACCCUCACAACCUCCGCGACCGUCCAGCUCUGACUCUUUGUCCUUCUUGACAGCAGAGGAGAGGAGAUGGCUGAACGGAGAGCAAGGAAACACCUCGACAGAAGAACUGGAGCAGAUUGUCAUCAGUGAUGAUGAGGAGGCCAUGGUUCGUACAGCACAGAUGGAGGAAGAUGAGGCGUUUGCCCGAAGCCUGCAGGCCCAGUUUGACAGAGAGGAGUCACAUUGUCACCAGCAUCACCAUCAUCACCAUCAUCAUCUUCAUCAUCACCUGCAGAGCCAGCACAGCUAUAAUCCAUACAUGGAGUCCAGCUGGAUGCCUCAGUUGCUGGCUGCUGUUUCUCCUCUGGCUGGCUUUGAAGAGGGUCUGCUCGGGCAAAACAGACGACGUGGACGGAGGAGGAGGAGGAACGCCCAGCUGGACCUUUCAGAUGAUCCUCAGGGAAAUGACUACGAAGCUCUUCUUGAGUUCGAGGAGCGUCAAGGUGCUGUUGUGUCUAAAAAACUGAGUCGGAGGGAAAUCCAGAGGUUUCCAACAAAAAUCUUCAAGUCAACAAGUGGUGCAGGAAACACUCAGUGUCAGAUCUGUUUCUGUGACUACACCAAUGGGGAGAAACUGAGGAUGUUGCCCUGUUUCCAUGACUAUCAUGUCCAGUGUAUUGACCGAUGGUUGAAGGAUAACGCCACCUGCCCGAUCUGCAGAGCUAAUCUGGCCGAUGGUGACUCGCUACAGCCUCAUCACCUCUGACCUCUGACCUCUGCACAUCCCUCAUGGCGAGAUGGCCUUUUGUUACACUGUUUUCUAGUGGAACUUGACGGGUUUGUGAUACAUUUAGCCAGUAUCUACACUUCAGUCUUACUUGGACUUUUAUAAAGGACAAUUUCACAGUUUAUUACUUUUAUUUAAUUGAUUUUCAUCAACAAUAAAACCUGGAAGAUGUUGCUGCU